ACAUGACCGGUCACGUGCUCGAGGCAGCUCAGUCCAAAAGAAAAUGGGGUUUGGUGUAAAUCUGGGGGUGUAAUGUUAUCAUAUAUCACGCUACCUCGUAAAACCGACACUGAAGCCUGCCGGACAACAAAUCACAGGUCAAAAUUAUGAGCUCUUCGUAUUAUGUGAAUGCGCUUUUUAGCAAAUAUACGGCGGGGGCUUCUCUUUUCCAAAAUGCAGAGCCUACUUCUUGCUCCUUUGCAAGCAACUCCCAGAGAAGCGGCUAUGGACCAGGCGCGGGUGCCUUCGCCUCCUCCAUGCCCGGCUUGUACAAUGUGAACAGUACCAUAUAUCAAAGCCCGUUCUCUUCCGGAUACAGCCUGGGCUCUGAUGCCUACAACCUGCAUUGUUCCUCUUUUGAUCAGAACAUUCCCGUCCUCUGCAAUGAGCUAACCAAACCCAGCUGUGAGAAAGCGGAGGAAAGCAACCUGCACAACCAGGCUGAGCCUAAUUUCCGGAUAUACCCCUGGAUGAGGUCUUCAGGUCCAGAUAGGAAGCGAGGGCGCCAGACCUACACCCGCUACCAGACCCUGGAGCUGGAGAAGGAAUUCCACUUCAAUCGUUAUCUGACUCGGCGGCGGAGGAUAGAGAUCGCCCAUGCCCUUUGCCUGACGGAAAGGCAGAUCAAAAUCUGGUUCCAAAACCGGAGGAUGAAGUGGAAGAAGGAGCACAAGGAAGAGAGCUCCAGCACCCCGGCUCCCAACGAGCCCACGUCAGCAGCAGCCUCGGUCGAGAAAGUGGAAGAAGACGAAGAGGAGGAGGACUAAGAAGUCCCACUCGAGGAAGCGAUCUCAGUAUAACGUAUGCACAUGACAGUUGGAAAAGCUCCCUUUAAAGAGGGGAGAAGAAAAAACAAAACAACAACAAAAAAAGAGAGACACUCACUGUUUUUAUUUAAAAAAAUACAAAAAUAUCAGUUCCCUUUAAUAAUCAUCUUGCAAGUGAGCAUUUGCAAACACGAAAAUGUUUCUUGGGGUGGCUUUCCAGCCUUCUCUCCACUCUCUUGUACUCCCCAAAUCUGCCCUGUGCCGAACUUCUCGGUAAUAUCUCCUAAGAGCAUCCUACAAUCAUUUGUUUUUUCGUUUACCCAAACCUGGCUGAGUUUGUCCAGGAGACAUUUCAGUGAGAGAACUGCUGCUUGCACAGAUGGUAAACCGUGACCUUCCGAAAUAACUACCUGACUCAAUAGUCCCAAUCAUGUGUAAGGGGAAAAGUGCAUUAGGCUCACAUUAAGAAAAACUACCUAAUUUUGAAUAAGUAGCUCUGCACUUCUCUUUUUUUUUUCUUUUUUUCUUUUUUUUAAUUAUUGUUAGGAAAGUAUCAUAACUAACAGCUACACUAACAAAAGGUUAAACGGCAAGGGGAAAAAAAAAAAAAAAAAAAAAAAAAAGAUGUUCCACAAACCACUACAAUCCACAGCAAUGAUUUGUACUACCUAUUUUCCAGACUACCUAUAUAUCUUGCUCCGCCUACCUAUCUUCGAAAGUAUACUGUAUUUUAGUAGUCGAAAGAAGAUAACAUUACUAAUGUGAAUCGCAAAAUGCUUUUAGAAAUGUAAGUGUAGUCAUUUGAAAAGCACGCAUCAAUAGCUUUGGUAUAGAAUUUGGUACCGAAAAGGCUGAAUAUAUUUAAAUUUAAAAUAAUAUAUUUAUUCCAAAGCAAUUAUAAAUGAAAACCAUAUGCUGCAAUAUAUCUUUGUUCUCGAUUCUUUACUAUUCCGAGGAAGCAAACAUGCCAAUAUUGUACAAAGCGGUUUAAUAUCUCCCGUUGGCUUCUACCUUCGGCUGCCUCUGCUAAAGGCCGUUUUAUUCUAGGUUGAUCUUAAUAUAGCGGGAAGUGUUCUUUGAAAAGUGAAUUUAAAUGACCAUGUAACCACCUUUAAAAAAACCCUGUUUGUCCUGAAUAUCUAAACGUGUUAAUAUGUAAUACCGUGAAUUUUCCUACAAUAGCAGAUACUGGUUGGGGGUUUUUUUGUUGGUUUUUCUUUUUUUUUUUUUUUUGUCAUUUAUAUUCGUCUUGGAGUUAAUUUGUAAGAUCAUGUCAUAAAUUGGGAAGUAUGUAAUUAAUUUGGAAACUUUGUAGCAUGAUGUAUUGUUAAGAACUCUGUAUAAAUCCGUCUUGAAGGUUUGGCGAAAGUUUAUUCAAAAAUUGUAUGUUACAAUGUGUUUCGAUGUGUUCGUUGUGAACAUUUGGGUAUGCUGUGUAAGUAUUGGAAGUGGGGAAAAAAAUGUCUGUGAACUCUCUUUGGAAGUGAUACCGUGUUCAAACAUCUCCCACAAUAAAUGUGUUUUAUGUUACACAGAAAAUAAAUAUGCUUGUUGACAAUGAA